AUGGAUUGCGGAGGAGACGAGGAAGUACGAAGACAAGAAAAUGAAUCCAGUAACUUUUUCAGAAAAGGACAUUCGGAUACCGUUAGCACACUUGCAAACUGGAGAGCCCCAGGACUGGAUGGGAACAACAUCUUAACUCCAGAGCAGAAAGGAUGCAGAAAGCGAGCAAGGGGAUGCAAGGAACAGGCGGCCAUAGACGCAGUAGUACUAGAACACUCCAGAAAGAAAAACAGAAAUCUUAACAUGGCAUACAUCGAUUACCAAAAGGCAUUCGACUCUGUCCCUCAUACCUGGUUAAUGCACGUGCUUAAAAUUUACGGAAUCAAUGAAAAUCUUUCAACCUUCUUGAAGCACGCAAUGACACAAUGGCACACCAAGCUAGUUAUUCGCGCCUCCGCUGGAACCGUCGAGACAGAAGAUAUUAAAAUACGUAGGGGAAUAUUCCAGGGCGAUUCGUUCAGUGCCUUAUGGUUCUGUAUAGCAUUGAAUCCUCUAUCUAAUGCCAUAAAAGAAACAGGACAUGGAUACAAAUUAAAAGCAUCUACUGUAACUGAAACAGUAAACCAUUUGUUUUACAUGGACGACUUGAAAAUAUAUGCCUCUAACAACACUCAGCUACAAGAUCUAUUGAAAGUUGUCCAUAGUAUUAGUCAAGAUAUUGGUAUGACAUUUGGUCUUUCCAAAUGUCAAAUAGUGAAUGUUCAUAAAGGCAAAGUUGUAAAUGCACCUGAAGUAGAGCUCGACGGCAUGAUUAUUUCAGCAAUGGGGACCAACGGGGACCCAUAUAAAUAUCUGGGAUUUCUACAGACAAAUAAGAUGGAACACAAAAAGAUGAAGCAAACUCUUACGAACCAAUUUCAUGCAAGACUGAAGGCCGUUUAA